AGGUCAAACGAGUAACAUACCAAACAUGAUUUUGGAAGUUGCAGAGAGAGAGAGAGAGAAGGGUAGGUAGGUGGUGGCUACUUAUACUAUAAUUACACUUAUUGCCACCAUUCACCAACCAAACCAAACCAAACACACUUUACUUUUUUCUCUUUCUGAAUUCUCAAAGCCUCAACUUAAUAACCAAACUUGUUAGUAUAUUUCAUUCAUUCCAUUGUUUCUAAAUCUCAUUCUAUUCCUAAUUCCAAAUGGCUUCUUCUCUUUCCACCAAACCAUUCCUCACAGCUUCCAGAACCGAUGCUUUCUCCGGCUUCGCUCCUCUCAAUUCUGAUCUCCGAUCUCUCUCCUCCGUCUACCUCCAAGUCUCACUCCGUCCUCGCUUUCCAAAGAAACUCCAGAUAAAUGCAGCUGGGAGUACCUAUGGAAAUCACUUUCGGGUCACAACAUAUGGAGAAUCUCAUGGAGGAGGUGUUGGUUGUGUUAUUGAUGGAUGUCCUCCUCGCAUCCCUCUUUCCGAAGCUGACAUGCAAGAGGAUCUUGAUAGAAGGAGGCCAGGUCAGAGCCGAAUUACAACUCCUAGAAAGGAGACUGAUACGUGUAAAAUAUUUUCAGGAGUCUCUGAAGGACUUACUACUGGAACUCCAAUCCAUGUAUUUGUACCCAAUACUGAUCAAAGAGGGCACGACUACAGUGAGAUGUCAUUAGCUUAUAGGCCUUCCCAUGCAGAUGCAACUUAUGACAUGAAGUAUGGUGUCAGAUCAGUUCAGGGUGGUGGUAGAUCUUCUGCAAGAGAAACCAUUGGAAGGGUUGCUUCUGGUGCUGUUGCUAAGAAAAUCCUCAAGAACUUUUCUGGAACUGAGAUUUUUGCUUAUGUCUCCCAAGUUCACAAGGUUGUUCUUCCUGAGGACCUAAUUGAUAAUUACAAUCUGACACUUGAUCAGAUUGAGAGUAACAUUGUUCGAUGUCCAGACCCUGAAUAUGCUGAGAAGAUGAUAUCUGCUAUUGAUGCUGUCCGAGUGAGAGGUGAUUCUGUUGGUGGUGUUGUAACAUGCAUUGUGAGGAACUGUCCACGUGGUCUUGGUUCACCAGUAUUUGACAAACUUGAAGCUGAGCUGGCUAAAGCUGUUAUGUCAUUGCCUGCAACUAAGGGCUUUCAAUUUGGUAGUGGGUUUGCAGGUACCUUUUUGACUGGGAGUGAACACAAUGACGAGUUCUAUAUAGAUCAACAUGGAAGGACAAGGACAAGAACAAACCGCUCUGGUGGGAUACAGGGUGGAAUUUCCAAUGGGGAAAUCAUUAACAUGAGAAUAGCUUUCAAGCCAACAUCGACUAUUGGUAAAAAGCAAUUUACAGUGACUCGAGAUAAAAAAGAAACAGAGCUGAUAGCCCGUGGUCGCCAUGAUCCUUGUGUUGUCCCAAGAGCUGUACCCAUGGUAGAAGCCAUGGUAGCAUUGGUGCUUGUGGACCAAUUGAUGGCACAAUAUGCACAGUGUAAUCUGUUUCCCGUAAACUCAGAUUUGCAAGAAUCCUUGUUGCCCGCGUUAGAGCGAGAAGAAGUGCCCCUUUGAAAGAAGAUGAAGGGGGUACAUAAAUCAGUUAUUGGCCUUAUAUUAAAAUCUUCAUUCUGGCAAGCGUUUAGUUGGCAAUUAUUUCACUUUGAUGACAAGUCCAAGUUUCCAUCUUUAGGACAAUUCCUGGUCUCUGCAUCAUCUCAUUCUGGCGGAUGUAUUUUUUGGGGUGCUAUCUAUCGUCUUGUAUUAAUGUAAGGUUAAAAUAUGUUUCUUUGUAUUUUCUCCUUUUCAUAUUUCUUGUGAACACUGUUUCUAGAAUGCCUUGCUGCGAAAGCACCAAGUUAGAUGUAUUCUUAUAGUGAAUUGGUAUAUUUUUCUUGUAAGAAAUGUAACAGUUUUUGAAGGUCUUAUUUCUUAUAAAUGCUGCUAUGCAUUUCAAUAAAUGAAGCUUUGGCAA